AUGUGUGUUCAGACGAUCGGCCAAAAGCUGAACAGAAGAUCACAGCAAGAAGGUCGAAGGAGUGGCACACGUCCGAUCAAGAACGCCGCUCGCCAACAGGAAAAACAACAAUUGGUCGUGGCGCGGGUCCAGGAGAUUGAGAUAUCACGGCCCUUACUGCAAAGCUCAUUGCCGGACUCAGAUGAGCUCGAUACGCAACUGUUCGCCGACUUCUACGAGACCUACUUGCCGGCCACCAUCUCUCCUUGGCGGCAGAUCACAUACCUGCGUGCAAUGGCCGAGACUGUGCCUGGGACCAAGCUGCUCAAGUUGGCGAAGAGGACGAUGGGCCUGGCACACGUUGGAGCAUUGAGCCAUAAUGAGCGCAUCCGCCAUGAGAGUCGGAUUGCAUAUGGGCGUCUGCUGGGCAUGCUCAAUUCCUCACUACGCAUGGCUGGCACUCAGAAGGAUGUUGGGAGCCACGUUCGCGGUAUCGUCUCGACAAUGGCUCUGAUGACUCAUGUCAAUGAUCAUGUACGGCAAUUGUCGGACGAUGGCAAGACUGAUGACUGUUGGGUCCUUCAUCUUGAGACCGCGCAGCACCUGCUCACGCUGCAGGGGCCCCAGCAUCUGGACGCUGACCAGACCUUGGAUAGGGGCUUGAUCCGCCACAUUUGUUACAAUGGUUUCUUCCUCGCUCUGGCGAAGCGCAAGGCUUGGACUGUACAUCCCGCCUGGCUUCAGAUUAAAUCCAAAGGACUGGCCGAAUUGUUGACAGUUUUCGGUGCGCUCCCGACCCUUCUCGAGCGGACUGAUCAUGCUUUGUCGACUGGAGGAUCGGUGACGCAGCUCCUAGACCACGUGUCUCGCCUAUAUAUCAUCGCCAACCAUGCUCAAGGUCUCUUCCCUCAACUCCAGGAGCCUCCAAGCGUAGGUGUGACGCAGGCUCAGCGGUUGAGACCUAACACAGAAGAGGUGGUGGUCAUGGCAAGCUCUUCUGUCUUCCCCAAAGUGUACGCUCCGAUGUCCGAGGUGGACGCCAAUCAGUUCGUAUGCACUGCGAUCUUGUCACUCGUGGUCCAGUGCACCAUUCUGCGCAUCUGGUUCCUAUGUCCCGAUACCACCAUGCUCGUCCCGUCUGAACUACAGCGGAAGAUCGAGCAAAACGCUGACCAACUGGCCCGUCGACUCUGCAAAGUCAUCCUGUCGUUCACACAAACGGACCGCGUGGUGCCUGCUUUGAUCGUUCGAUUGUGCCUCACGCUGGCAUACCAUGUCUUUGAGCAACAGAAGGCGACUGCAGAGAUGGGCUGGUGUCAUGCUUGCCUGGUGGCAAAUCAGGCCAGACUGGACCGCGUCCUCCAUAGCAAUCCUCAUAGUCUGUGCAAAGUAGGUGCUGUUCUGCCGGGAAUUGCUGAAGCUGGUCGAUAUGGAGAUGCUUUCGAUCCUCGCGCCUUUACUGUCAGAGAUGACAGAGACUCGGGACACGAUAUCAUUCCGGAUGCCCGAUGUCCUGCAGCCAUCUUCGGCGCUGAUAAGGAGUCUUAG